AUGGCUGAACCCUCAAAGGCCGUCCAGGCCGAGUUGGCCGACAGUUUGCGAACGUUCGCCUUUAUCGGCACCACACUUUCGACGGUUUCGCUGAUGAUGGCGAUUAUUAGCGUGCCGAUGGCGUACAAUCAUGUACAAUACUACCAGACGAUGAUGCUGGAAGAGGUGGAUUUUUGCAAGUACCGGUCCGCCAAUAUAUGGAAAGAGGUGGUUAGAACGGAAGUGAGUUUAUUUUGCUUUUUUCAUGGGAAUUUUGAUAGUUUUUUUCGGGCUUAGCGAAGCUGCAAAGGUUAUUUGUUAUCUAUCCAACAUUUUUUUUGGCUUUUGAUACCUUAUUACGGUGACUAACUACCGUAGACCUUUUAUACUGUAAUUACUUGAGAAGCCUAUACACUUCAAUUUAAUCCCUUUUACAGGCCUUUGCCAUGUUUGUCCCUCGCCAAACCCGAGCAGUUCGAGGCCGAGUAACUCCAAAUCAUCGAGUCAUGCAUCGUCAAGUUGCGAUGGGACCUAACCGUCGGCGGCAAGCCGGCUACAAUCAAGGCGGAGGCGCUGCGGCCUACGGCGGUGGCGGUGGGGCAGCGGCACCUCGACGUGGCGGAGGCGGUGGUGGUGGUGGAUAUGGUGGCCAAGCAGCGAGUCCAGCGCCUAGCCAUGGCGGUGGAUAUGGCGGGCAGACGGCCGCUCCAGCUCCCAGUAGUGGUGGAUGUUGUGGAUGCGGUGUCUCACCGCCAGGACCACCAGGACCUCCAGGACCGGAUGGAAACCCCGGAAACGACGGAGCCCCAGGACCGGCGGGACAUCCCGGACAAGAUGGACCUCCACCAGUGCCAGCUGUUGACUACGGAGAACCUUGCUUCGACUGCCCACCCGGUAAUCCAGGUCCUCCAGGAAAUGCGGGUCAACCUGGUCAGCCAGGGCAUGCUGGAGCUCCAGGAGAAGCCUUCUACGGUGAUGUCCUUGGUACACCUGGUCCACCAGGACCUCCUGGCCCUCCUGGAUUCCCCGGAGGAGAUGGACAGCCCGGCCAGCCAGGACCACCGGGACAACUGCACGAGGGACCGCCAGUUUUGGGACCACCAGGACCACCUGGCCCACCAGGGCAACCCGGUCCUCUCGGACCUCCCGGAGACACUGGAAUCGCUGAAAGUUAUUCUAGCGGACCUCCAGGCCCACCCGGAGACGCAGGCCAACCGGGACGACCCGGACAGCCCGGCCCACCCGGAAAUCCUGGUCCAUUGGGACCAAAUGGAAACCAAGGAUCGUGCGACCACUGCCCUAACCCAAGAACACCUCCAGGAUACUAA